GUUUUUCUGCACAGUCAUAUACUGAGUGACACCAUGCGGGACAAGCUUACUGGAAUCCUCUCAGAGCAUUUGCUGGAGUGCAAGCUCUUGGCCACAGUGGGAUGUCUACUGGUUGCAUCAAUCUAUGGGCUGAGGUGGAGGAAGAGAGGACAUAUCCGCAGGAUAAUGGAAAAGGAGAGGAAGAGGACAGAGGCCAGUAUGCAGUUCAUGAAGCAGGCGGUGGAGAAGUUUCACAAACUGAAUCCUGGAGUGGACAGCGGUGCUAUCCUGAGCCUGACGCUGCUGGAGCUGACAGAGAAGCUGCAGGACGGGUCCCUUUCUCCAGAAUGUGUCCUGUACUCCUAUGUUGAGAAGGCUCUGGAAGUAAACACCAGUCUGAACUGUGUGACUGAAUUUCUAUUGGACUGUGAGGCUCAGCUCAAGGAACUUAGAGAGAAAGAGGAAAAGGGUCCAUUGUACGGAGUCCCCGUCUCUAUAAAGGAACAUGUUGGUUAUAAGGACCAUUCUUCAACCUGCGGCCUGGUUCAGUACCUCGAUGAGGUGGAGGAGGAGGACAGCGUCAUUGUGAAGGUUUUGAAGAAGCAAGGAGCCAUUGUGUUUGCCAGGACAAAUGUUCCCCAGGCUCUUUUAUGCCAUGAAACCAGUAAUCCGAUAUAUGGACACACAGUAAACCCCCAUAACAGAGCCAAGGGGGCGUCAGGAUCUUCCGGCGGGGAGGGGGCAUUAAUUGGAGGUGGCGGUUCAAUAUUUGGUAUUGGAACAGACAUUGGUGGCAGCAUCCGCCUCCCAUCCAGCUCCUGUGGAAUUUCCGGAUUUAAGCCAACUUCAAACAGAGUGAGCUAUCAUGGUGUCCGUCCGUGUAUUGAUGGAAUGACAGCAGUGGGAACAUGCAGUGGACCUAUAGCCAGAGAUGUGGACGCUCUGGUACUUUCCAUGAAGGCUCUAUUGUGUGAUGAGAUGUUUCGGCUAGACCCAAGUGUACCACCUAUUUAUUUCAAUGAGAAGAUCUACUCCUCUACCAAACCUCUCCGCAUUGGAUAUUAUGAAGAAGACGGAUAUUUCCAGCCACACCCCGGUAUGAGACGGGUUCUGCUACAAACUAAACAUCUUCUAGAGGACGCUGGACACAAGCUGAUCCCGUUCAAGCCUCCACGAGUGGAAUUUGCAUAUGAGCUGUUCUGGAAGACGUUACUUGGGGAUAAAGGGGAAACAUUAGCAGAUAAGUUUAAGAACAACAUCAUAGACCCCAACCUGGAGGAAACCGCACGUCUCUGUUUCAUGCCCAAUGUGGUGAAGAGGAUCCUGUCCUACAUCCUCUGGCCAAUAUAUCCUCGGAUUUCCAGUGCUAUAUAUUCCAGCCUCGGUGCAAGAUCCGUGAAGCUUCUCUGGAAGGAUCAGAUAGCUAUGCAGGAAUACCAGACAGAAUUCCUAACUGAAUGGAGAAAGCUGAAUCUGGAUGUGAUCCUAUGUCCCAUGGUGGGCCCGGCCUUCAACAUCGGCUAUCCGGGGAGAUUAACUGCUCCUCUCUCCUACACAUUGCUGUUCAAUUUAUUGAAUUAUCCGGCUGGAGUUGUUCCUGUAGGUUCUGUCACUGCGGAGGACGAGGAAGAGCUGAAACAUUACAGAGGUUACAGCAAUGAUCCCUGGGACAAGCUGUAUAAGAAGGCUGUGGAAGGAGGGGUGGGUCUCCCACUGUCCGUUCAGUGUGUGGCGCUCCCCCACCAGGAUGAGCAAUGCUUACGUCUCAUGAAAGAAGUCGAGACCCUCAGUGGCCGUCGCCAGGAGAGGCAAUAAGAUCCUAUCUUGCUCUUUUGCAGAUAAUGGAUGCAUGAUCCUUGAAGUGGGAAUCUAUAACUAUAGAUAGAGAUAACGAUAAACAUAUAUCAUAAAUCUUUAUUUCAUUAAAGAAACUUAUAUCGCUCCUCUUUAUUCCACUAUAUGUAGAGGGUGAUUAGUCAUUGACAUUAUCAUUAUUGAUAGCAGCAAGUAAAGUGACAGCCGCAGGUAGGGUUACCACCUUUUUGUUUCCAGAUUCCUGGACAGGGAUUGUGGCUAUUCACUACACAAUCUUCCCUACAAUCCCUCACGCUAUAGUCCACCUGAGUCCAGAAUACUGAAAGGAGGUGGACUGCAGGGGCGCCUGGAGCAGCAGAGAGAACUGGCCGGUGACGCACUGACAGUGACAUCACUGGUUCCAUGGGAUUCCUGGACACCUCUUUUCCGGCAUUAGCAAGCAUCCAAACUCCAGAAAGUGCUGCUGAUUUCCAGACUCCCAGAGGAAUCCCAGAUGGGUGGCAUCCCUAGCUGCAGGGUAUAUACUGUAUAUACUGAGCAAGAUAUUCUUAAGGGUCUUACAGUGGAGCAUUUACUUUAAUCUUUAUUGUGUGUAAUCAUUAUAAAAGUUCAGUAAUAUUAAACAUAUUUACGUGAACAUUUCUUAAACAA